AUGACCAAUGUUUGUUGCUGGAUUGCCACGCACGGAGAAGAGCAGCGGUGGGGCAAUGUGCUUACUGGCAGAUACCAGACAGACUGGAAUUGCGCUUCGCUUGAGUGUUUGCAAGAUGAUGGUUUGCAACCUUUGAGGGCAGAUGAAUUUGGCCAAGCCUUGAGUCAUGACAUGAUUGUUGGGGUGGCGCAGAUAAAAGCAGACAUGAUCUACCACGCACUUGCAUUGUUGGAUGCGGGACAGAGGAAGCAGUAUCAGUUUUGGCAAUCUGUUUUUGGGGGCGACUGCCUGCAGAAUGCUUUGUAUUACUUUGGCGUCAGCAACUUCAUUCGUUUCCGAAUGCCUGUUAAACUUCCAGUGACGGAGCACCGCAGAUUGGUCACUUUUUUUGCUCACCUGGAUAUCUAUUCGCCUGGAAGCCUUAUUCAACAAUUAGAAAGUGAAGGGAACGAGAUUCCUGAGUGGCUGACUGCAGACGACUACUUGGUUGUGCGGUUGCCAGGGGCUGCAGCGCUGCAGAUUGCAAGACAGAGAUGGUCUUCUUUUGCGUUGCCAGACCCAUCUCGUGAGAACUUGAUUUCAGUAGGUGUUCGUGUGCGCAAGAGGAUGAUAGGGUGGAAAUUCAUUUCCAAGUUGGCAAAUGAUUUUGUUUUGGCGCCAGAGCAUCGUGACGAGCCUCCAGGACAGGGCCGUUUCAGUGCAGAGUUUGCAGGGGAGGUAGCAGAAGUCAUCCGGGUUCUUGUUGCUGGUUCUCAGGGUGGGGCAAUGAUGGCCAUCAAUGCUGAUUUCUUGCAGAAGUGUUCACGUGCCGCGUUUUUGCUGCAGCAGCUUCAUGAUGACAUGGACUUGGCCACCAUGAGCCGACGCAUUGUUCAGUCUCGUGGGAAAGUGUGCACAGCCCGGUUGCCUUACCGGGCCAGCUUUAUCAUUCAAUGUUUGCUUUUGAGCGGUUUCUUGCGAGAUAGCUCGGACUUGCAAGAAGUUGUGAUCAGGGCAGUUCGUCUUGUUUUGCCAGAGACCUUGGGCCACGCUGUCUUGCAAUCUUUGGAAGGCUCAGAUAGUGCUUCAGGCCAGAAAUUGAAAUUACCCAGUGCUGCAAAGGUUUCCAGAGCCCGUUUUGCAGCAGACGUUGCUUACAUGUUGCACUGCAGGAACAUGAACCAAGAGGCUGAAAGAGCCGGUGGACUCACCAGGUAUGUCAUGGUUGAUUCAUCUGUUCAGGGCCACUACGAUUUUGAGCUCAUCCGUGUAACGAGUUUGCGCACCAACCAGCUUGGUGAAAUGUUUUCGUUGGCCUUACAACUUUGCAGUUUGUGGAAUGAUGAAAGCAGCGUAUCAGAAAUGAUUGCCAAAGCUUUGGUAGAAGAGACGGAACUGCAUGCUUUGUUGCAAACAGGUAUUGAUGUUCAACAGUUGCCUGCAGUAGUUGUUGGCAGCGGACACGCUACGCUCUAUCACAAACUGCACGCAACAAUGCAUGCCAUGUGGUUGCACACAGGUUCGGCAUUGAGGCUUGAAACGUACACCCGGUCCAUUUUCGCGAUCAUCAGUGACCAGGGGACCGAAUUCUCUUUACACAGAAUCCAGCCCAUGCUGGUGAGGGAACUUUUCCCGUGGAUUCCGCAUGCAAACGCAGCGCCCAACGAACAUGAUUGGGCACCUUGUUUAGCAGAUGAGAUGGAGAUGGGCGCCAAAGUAGACUUGUCAAAUUCCAACGGAAUCGCUGGCUUGUUACACAUCAUGCACAAUUCGACCAUGGACCUGGGUCGUUCAAUGGUUACUUUUGAUGAGACCGUGAAAAGUAUGAGCCAUCUUUCGAAGAUGCUUUCCAGAAAAGAUCCCAAGGCCAGACUUCUGCAAGCGUGUUUUUCGGAUCAUAUCGGACGUCACCUCCAAACAGAGAUCAAAGCAUUUCGUGCAAAACUUAAUGUUUCUCGUUGGGGCAGCAUUGCAGCUUGCGUUCUUGAACUUCUGAAGGUAGAAAAUGCUCUGCGGUAUGCGUGGGACCUGUCAAAGUACAAGCGUGUUACUCAGGCUGCAGAGCGAGAACAGCAGCACAGCAACAGUAUAGAUCUCACUGUUGUAGACUCCGCUAUAACCUCUCCAGAUUUUUGGGCCAGUCUCAGGAUGAUGGAGAGCAUAGCCACAGUUGUUCAGGGUUGCCUUGUAUGGAUUGAAUCAUGCCCGUGCCAUUACCCACUUCCCCAUAAAGAAUUUCCGAAAAAGGUUCGGGCCUUGUGGGCAAAGUGCCCCGUAAGAGGCUGCAGGGCUCCCGAAUUAGCUCAUGGGGAACUCCAGCAUACUUUGCGUGAGCUGAGCACAGCAUGCGCUUCACAGUUGCUUGCCCAACUUCCCAAUGACAUCACUGCAGAAUCCCGUGCUUUGUUUUUACAAGAUUUUGAGCGCGGCAGAUCCCACAUAGUCUUCAUUGUGAACUUGCGUUUAGACCAUUGGAGGCAGGCGCCGUGGUGUGUCUUCGGUUGUGCUCACCCAGACACUGAGAAAUCCAAAGCAUGCAUUGAGCGAUGCCUGCGGUUGCCAGCUGACAAUAAAUUGGUGCAGGAGUUGCAGGCUCCUGAUAUGCGGGAGGACAUCCAAAAGUAUCUUGCUGGGGAGGAGUUGGCUCAGCUUUCCACGCUGAGGAAUUUUCUGGGCAAACUGUACUUUUGUCCCAUUGCAGAACGUGCCAUUGAAGGAGAGCAUGCGCAGGUUCACAAGAAGAUUGCCCUUGCUCGGAACCACACUGCAGCCUACGUGAGCCUGGGCCGGAGAGUCAAAAGCAUUCGUGAUGGCAUUGAUGCUGAGCCUAGCAUGCUGAGUCAGAUGGCAUCGUAUUACGACCAAGUGCAUUCUCCUGCUAGGGCUCUUAAAGCUCUUGGUUUGCAGCACCACCCGUCAGCUGCACUCAUAUCGCAUUACAGAGACCCCCUUCAUUCAAAGAUUGUGUACCAUUGUGACCCGGGUACAAUGUUCAAAGCAGGGGUUGAGUUGUCUACAGGGGAUCCGCCUAGUGCACCACGCGCUUUGCUUGCUCCUCCGUCCGAGUCAGCAGGUUCAGAAUUGCCAGGGCCACAGCCACAGCCACAGCCACAGCCACAGCCACCACCAGUUUCAGAUGACAAGUCCAAGAGUGAGCCUGCGUCAGGGUCCACGUCAGCACCUAGCCAGUUGCAACUUGUGCCAUUGCGUAGGGUUGUUGGCAAACAGUCAGCAUCAGCCUCAUCAUCCGGCCCCAUGUCAGUUCAGCCCAGCUCUCGAGAUUUGCAGUUGGAGGAAAGUGCGGCAGCGUCUUUAGAGCUCUUGCCUCCGCAGAAGAGUGAGAGCGAUUCACAUUGGUUGAAGCGGUACAUCCUUCAGGCUUUGUUUGCGCUCCUGGAAGAUGGUUCAGGUCCUGUGGACAGCAUCUAUUCCAUGCCUUUCUGUGCAGAUGCCAUGCGAAGCCUGAGCUUUGUGACUAGUUUGGAACAUGAGUCUGAUCGUCGUGCUGCUGAUGCAUCUGUGGACUUGGAUUCCAUGUCUUUGCGAGGGCAUGUUUUCCUGCAGGUUGUUCGCAAAGCAGUGGGCCAGGUCAGAACGCCUUCCAGCUUAGGUUUGAAGCAAACGGAUUGGGCAGUAUCAUUUCUGAAAGUCAAUCGUGUUCGUAAGGUAGGGCCUUCUGAUUGGGAGGUGGAGGUCAAUGCUUCACCUAUGUGUCUGACAAGCCUGGACUAUGCAUCAACACCUAUCAUUCUGUCUUUGGAAGCAUUGCCCUUGGAUAGCUUGAUCGGUUUGCGCCUGUGGAAGCAGAAGCCGCGUUUGUCUUACAAGCUCAGUGUGCCAGGUGAGACCAACAACAGCUUGUUUUCCAGUACGGCCUGCCUUGAGUUGAUGGAAACUAUGCUAGUCAAGGAUGGUGUUGCGUUGUCCGGACAUGACCCUUUGUUCCAGGAAAAAACCGAGGUGUUGGAGACGCUUCUUGCAAGGGAUAUGGUCUCUCGCGGUGAGGGUCAGGGCUGGUCUUUCACUUUGAAGGGCCACAACUGCAUACAGGUGAGCACUGUCUUGGUCGGCCUACAGCGUCUUGUCAGGGUGCGUGAGAGCAUUCCUGUGCGGGAUAAAGAAAUCAUGGAGCUCCUUCUGAUUCUGCGUGAACAGGGCUGGCAGCAUCAAGCCUUAAGUUCCAAGAAAAUGCUUCCAGACAAUUCUGAUUAUGUUGCUGGCACUUCCCCGAAAAUCUGGUUUUCGCUGACUUCGCAAGCGCUGCUUUUUCAGGAGUAUUUGUUGUGCCUCAUUGAGUCUGCCACGCACAUGAAGCCUGUUCCUCAUUUGAAGCCUGUUUCCACUUAUCGUGAAAUCUUGGGUCUUGAGGUCAAAGCAGUGUCCAAGCGCAAGCGGGAGCCACUCAUGUUUCUGUCGGAUGAGCAUGUGUGGGUUGAUGAUCAAAUGCUUGUUCCAGUGAAAGUCGCACGCAAGCGAACCCCAAAGGUCCCACGUAGCUCUGUGCCGGCUUUAGCGGAUGUGGUCGAGGAGGAAGAGCAGGAGCAAGACUUGGGCGACGAUGAGGUUGACAGUCUCUCUGUAGAUUCGCAGCAGGGGCAUCCUCAGGUUUGUGACGCAGAGGCGCCCAUGCCAGCAGUGCCAGCUGCUGAGCGUGGGGAGGUUGUGCAUGGUGAUGCGCGUGAAGAGUCUCGCCACUCUUGCAGCAAUGAUAGUAGCUCCUCCUCAUCUUCUGGGUCUAGUAGUAGUGAGAGCGAUAAUGAUAAUGGGAAAGGGUCUUCAAGUUCAUCUUCCAGUUCUUCCAGCAGCUCAGAGAACAACUCUGGAAGGGAUGAGACUGAGAGGGCAGCAGGCGUCCGCAGAAGAGGCUUUUCGCGGCAGCAUGGCACCAGCAUCAUGUGGGGUGUGUUCCGCAUUACCCCCCACUAA